AUGGCGAAAUUUGCAAUAGCACCAACAAAAAUCUUCCGUUCUCAAUCCACCGAUUCUCAUUAUCUUUCUAAAUCACCAACAGGCUCGUUAUCAUCAUCUUACUCUAACUUGUCAUCCUCUGUCACCAGCAUUUGUUCUGAGAGCCAUAACGAUGAAAUCGUUAUUCUUAGCGCAAAUAGUUUGUACAAUUACAACGGCAAGCAAACUCGAGAUUAUUAUUUUGACGAUGACGACGAUAAUGUCAACGAUGAAGAUUAUUACACAUCUUCUUAUUUUUCAUCAUCCAAUACCAAGCCAAUUGAUAUUCCAAUGAAAGCUCAAAAGGAGGAUAGUUCAUUAGAACCAAACAAAGGCACAUUCGGAGAAGAUAAUGGAUUUCCUUGA